AUGAAUAUGGAAGCCACCACCAGCCAACUCCUGGAUUUCGAGCCGCCUCCAAUAUUCUGUAACUCGUGUUUGGGAUCCACAGAUCCUGAAUAUUUGACGUACAACCUGGCGGUAUCUGGAGUUCUCUUGGCAAUUGUUGGAAUGAUCGGAUUGAUUGGAAACAUUUUGGUUGUGAAAACAUAUCUGCAUCCGGAACAAGCUGUUCAUUCGACAUCAAUCUAUCUGGCAGCUCUGGGUUUUUCGGAUUUCUUUUUGGUUUUGACGGCGAUGUUCUUGUUUGUUUUGGAGGCGUGGAGACAUCAUGAUUAUCCGACCCUCGCCUACCUCUAUGUCAUCGGAGCCCCUAUAAUCUUCCCGGUCGCCGCAGUCUUCCAGACAAGUUCUGUCUAUUUCUGUGUGGCCGCUGCAGUCGAUUGCUUCAUCAUCGUCGUACUUCCAGAGAGUGUCAAACAGUUGUACUGCACACCAAAACGCGCCAAAAUGACGUGCACUAUCUUGAUGAUUCUUUGCUGCGCCUACAACGUUCCGCACUUUUUCGAACUGGAAAAAGUGGAUUGUCUCGACGAGCACGGACUGGAUUCUAUGCAAAUUUGUCCGACAGAUAUUCGUCUGGAUCCUGCAUACUAUGCGAUUUACUAUACUUAUAUGUACACAACUUUCUUGGCGAUUGGACCAUUGACUCUGUUGAUUCUUCUGAAUAUCUGCGUAGUUUUCACAGUUGUCACCAAAGGAAGUUCCAAUGAAAAUGGAGAAGACGACACAAUAUCUCUAAUCCUCGUCGUGUUCUUCUUCAUUUUCUGCAAUUUCACCGCUUUAUUGGUCAAUUUUAUGGAGCUCAUUUUCAACGAUCCGACGAUGUUGGUAUACUUUGUGGAUCUGUCAAACUUGUUGGUUGUGGUGAAUGGAACAGCAAACUUCUUCUGCUAUGCGAUAUUUGGAACAAGUUUCAGAAAUACUUUGAAGAAGGUUGUCCUUGGCUCCCCUGCAAAACGUUCGGCUGUCCUAUGGAUUAACGACGAAGAGAACAAGAAUCAACAGUCCCAUGCCUUGAUUUGA